AUGUCUUCAUCGCAGGCAGCAAAGCUAAAGACAAGAGGCAGAGGGAGCACUUUUACUGACACUCGCCCGCCUCCGGAGGAUGUCUAUGAGCGUCUGGAGGAUUUCUUCCCGGAACAUGAUUUGGAUAAGCCCGUUAUUGAGGCAAACUCUGGUGGUACCUCACCUACAACUGUAGAACAAAUUGCGGAAGUCAGUCCAGAACCGGCAUCUAUUGUUGUGCCUCCCAUUCCAUUAAUGACUGAGAAGUCGCGUGUCAAAGGGAAGAAGUCAAUUCGACAUGUAGCUGAGGAACACAAGCGGCGGAUCAAUCGUACCUCCAAAGCAGAUUCUUCUUUCGCUUCGAGUGUAUUACGCAAAAGAAGCACAAAGCUGUGGGGCAGUCGGCUGGAAGAGGUCACCACAGCGCAAGCCCGAGCAAAUAUGGGUGGACCUUCUCCCGAAUCACCAUCUGGCGGUCCGACUACUUUCAAAUGGGUUCGGGGAGAAAUGAUUGGUAGGGGAACGUACGGACGCGUUUAUCUUGCUCUUAAUGCCACCACUGGGGAGAUGAUUGCUGUUAAACAAGUCGAAAUCCCAAGGACCGCGAGUGACAAGAAUGAUUCUCGACAAGUUACGGUAGUUCAGGCGUUGAAGCUUGAGAGCGAAACGUUGAAAGACUUGGAUCAUCCAAACAUAGUUCAGUAUCUGGGAUACGAGGAAACACCUUCAAAUCUAAGCAUCUUUUUGGAAUAUGUUCCUGGGGGCUCUAUCGGAAGCUGUCUUUUGAAGCAUGGCAAGUUCAAUGAAGAAGUUACGAGAUCUUUCACUGGGCAGAUCCUCAGCGGGUUAGAGUACCUUCACUCUAAAGGGAUUCUUCAUCGGGACCUGAAAGCUGACAAUAUUCUCGUAGAAAUGUCAGGCGUUUGUAAAAUUUCAGAUUUCGGGAUUUCAAAGCGGACGGAUGAUAUAAGUGGUGGCGCGGAAACUGCUAUGCAGGGGACCGUCUUUUGGAUGGCUCCUGAGGUUGUCAAUCCGCAAGGCAAGGGAUACAACUUCAAGGUCGACAUCUGGAGUGUCGGCUGUGUUGUUCUGGAGAUGUGGGCGGGAACAAGACCGUGGCAGGGAGAUGAGAUGGUGGCUGUUAUGUUCAAGCUUUAUCAGUCGAAGCAGCCACCUCCAGUACCUGAAGGUGUUAUCCUAUCAGACCUUGCCGACGAUUUCCGCAAGAAAUGCUUCGCAAUAAACCCCGAGGAACGUCCACCUGCACAGGAAUUGCGGAAACACAAAUAUUUAUCACUCCGUCCUGACUGGCAGUUUACUGGAUUUAACUAG